AGCAAGCAAGAGAACUCAGCCCAUCAUUCAUAUCCAUCCACCAAUGGCGCUCACACGCCGUUGGGCAGCCUCCCUCCUGCUCCUCCUCGCCGCAACCCUCCUCGCGGGCUCGGCCGCGGCCACGGGAAAGACCGGCAACGUCGUCGUGUUCUGGGGCCGGAACAAGGACGAGGGGUCCCUCCGGGAGGCCUGCGACACCGGCACGUACACCAUCGCCGUCAUCUCCUUUCUGGACGUCUUCGGCCGCGGCAAGUACCACCUCGACCUCUCCGGCCACGAUGUCUCCGCCGUCGGCGCCGACAUCAAGUACUGCCAGUCCAAGAAGUUCCUCGUCUUCCUCUCCAUCGGGGGCUUCGGCGGCCAGUACUCCCUGCCGACCGCCCAGUCCGCGGCCGACGUCGCCGACUACCUCUGGAACGCCUACAUGCUGGGCACCCGCGAGGAUGUCUACCGCCCGUUCGGCAACGCCUACGUGGACGGCAUCGACUUCUUCCUCGACGGCGGCGGGCGGCCUGGGCCGGACCCCUACGACGAGCUGGCCAGGCGGCUAUGGGACUACAACAAGCCGUACCGCGGCAGGGUGCCGGUGCAGCUGACGGCGACGUCGCGGUGCGGGGACAGGCGCGUGGGGCGGGCGCUCGCCACGGGGCUCUUCACCCGGAUCUUCGUCAGGUUCUUCGACGACCCCCACUGCGCCGCCAACUGGCAGCAGGAGUGGGGCAGGUGGACGGCGGAGCAGCCGGGCGCGCAAAUCUACUUCGGCCUGCCGGCUUCGGAGAAGACGGUCGGCUACGUCCACCCCCUGGACCUUUACUACGAUAUUAUCCCGGUGGUACAGAAGGCGGCCAACUACGGCGGCAUCAUGGUCUGGGACCGCUACGAGGACAAGCGCACCGGCUUCAGUAGCUUCGUCAUCAACUGGGCUUGAGCCUCUCACGCUCGCGUCAGCGUCACCGUGUGAAUUGCAUGUGUUUGCUACUUUGUUUAAUUGUCUUUUUACAGUAGUCAGUUCGUAAUGGUGUGUUUGCUAUUAUCAGUGUGCAGUUGUGCUCGAAAUGGUGUGCCAUGUGCUUGUAAGAAUAAGAUAAGACCAGUGGUCUCGAUUAAU